AUGGCGGCGCUCCAAAGCAAAGUCAAAAGAAGCGAGAUAAACGGAGAGCAGAGAGACCCCGAGAUGUUUUUGAAAAGACGCUUAUUUGGCCGUCCCGCAUCCCAGCUGGAUUCUUUGCCUGAAAGCAAGCAGCAGGAGAUUCAAAGGGCCCUCCAUCUUUUCUCUUUUGGACAAACCAUGCCCAAGACGCUUCAGCAGGCCAUGCGGCGCACGUACAAGUUCUGGGACACGCAGCCCGUCCCGAAACUUGGUGAAAUCGUCAUCAGCCACGGGGAAAUAACGGAAGGUGAAGCCAGCGCUCCAGAGGAACCUUACUCGCUGCCUGGAGGCUUCUCCUGGGACACCCUGGACCUGAGCGGACCUUCAGCGAUACGAGAACUUUGCACACUCCUGAAUGAAAACUACACCGAAGAGGACGACAACACCGUCACGUCCGACUUCUCUGAGGAGUAUCUUCGAUGGGUCCUGCAGCCCCCAAAUUGGCUGGCCCAGUGGCACUGCGGCAUCAGAGUGGAGGCCAAUAAGAAGCUGGUGGGCUUCAUCGGCGCUGUCCCCGCGCACGUGCACGUAGGCGACACGGAGAAGCGGAUGGCGCAGAUUAAAUUUCUCUGCGUGCAUAAGAAGCUACGCCUCAAGCGAAUGACCCCGGUUCUGAUCCGCGAGUUGGCCAGACGGGUCCGGCGGCAGGGUGUCUGCCAGGCGGUGUACACGGCCUCCGUGGUGCUGCCGACGCCGCUCAGCUCCAGCGGAUUGUGCCAUCGACCUGUGAACUUCCGCAAGCUGACGGAGCUCCAGUAUCCCGGGAUCCCAGGAGACGUCCCCCUGCAGAGGGCGCUCAAAUUCUACCGCCUCCCUGAAAACACCAAGACGCCGGGUUUGCGCCCCAUGACCAAAGACGACGUUGAAAGGAUGCACGAGCUUCUCCGAACAAACCUCAGCAAGUUCCACCUCAGGGCUAGCUGGUCCCUUGAGGAGGUUUCACACUGGUUCCUGCCCAGGGAGGGUGUGGUUGACACCUACGUGGUUGAGGCUGCUGAUGGUGCUCUGACGGACGUGGUGAGCUUCUAUCAAAUCUCCUCCAAGGUGCUCAACCACCAGCUGCACAGCAGCAUGAGAGCAGCUCACCUUUUUUAUGCAGCCUCAGCUGCCAACGGCGACCUGCUCCAGCUCAUGGAGGACACGCUGGUCCUGGUCAAAUCUGAUUUGACAUCAUCAUUGCCGCUGAUGUGA